AUGGUGAGUGAAGACCCUAACCAACAGGACCACGAUGGCACCCCUUCGCAAACUUCGGCGCUCCAGGAGCACCCCAGUCUCUUGGCCCACCCCAGCGUCUCGAUCCACCCCAGCGUCUCGGCCCACCCCAGCGUCUCGGCCCACCCCAGCGUCUCGGCUCACCCCAGCGUCUCGAUCCACCCCAGUGUCUCUGUAUACCCUAGUAGUUCAGCCCACCCAAGUACCUUGGCUCAACCCAGUGGCUUGAUCCAACCCAGUAGCUCGGGCCCUGAAGAUCUUAGCGUGAUCAAGGUGAGCAGGCGCCGGUGGGCGGUGGUCCUGGUGUUCAGCUGCUACUCCAUGUGCAACGCCUUCCAGUGGAUCCAGUAUGGCGCCAUCAAUAACAUCUUCAUGCACUUCUACGGGGUCAGUGCCUUUGCCAUCGACUGGCUGUCCAUGUGCUACAUGGUGACCUACAUCCCUCUGCUCCUGCCGGUGGCCUGGCUCUUGGAGAAAUUUGGCCUGCGUACCAUCGCCCUCACUGGCUCCGCUCUCAACUCCCUGGGGGCCUGGGUGAAGCUGGGCAGCCUGCAGCCACAUCUCUUCCCAGUCACCAUGCUGGGCCAGGUCAUCUGCUCCGUGGCCCAGGUCUUCAUCCUGGGUAUGCCCUCCCGCAUUGCUUCCGUCUGGUUCGGGGCUAGUGAGGUGUCAACCGCCUGCUCCAUAGCUGUCUUUGGCAAUCAGCUAGGAAUUGCCAUUGGGUUCUUGGUCCCUCCCGUCUUGGUACCCAACAUCAAAGACCAGGACAAGCUUGCCUACCACAUCAGCAUCAUGUUCUACAUAAUCGCAGGUGUGGCCACUCUGCUUUUCAUCCUUGUCAUCAUAGUGUUCAAAGAGAAGCCUAAACAUCCCCCCAGCAGGGCCCAGUCCCUGAGCUACGCCUUGGCGUCUACUGAUGCUUCGUACUUAAGUUCCAUCAUCCGAUUCUUCAAAAACCUCAACUUUGUGCUGCUAGUCAUCACCUAUGGUCUGAACGCUGGUGCUUUUUAUGCCUUGUCCACUCUGCUGACUCGCAUGGUGAUCUCCCACUACCCGGGGGAAGAAGUGAAUGCUGGAAGAAUCGGCCUGACCAUCGUCCUUGCAGGAAUGCUUGGGGCUGUGAUCUCAGGCAUCUGGCUGGAUAGGACAAAAACCUACAAGGAGACAACUUUGGUGGUCUAUAUCAUGACUCUGGUGGGCAUGGUGGUUUACACAUCUACCUUGAACCUGGGACACCUGUGGGUAGUGUUCAUCACGGCUGGCGCAAUGGGAUUCUUUAUGACUGGCUACCUCCCACUGGGGUUUGAGUUUGCCGUGGAGCUGACAUACCCGGAAUCAGAAGGCAUGUCGUCUGGCCUCCUCAAUGUGUCUGCCCAGGUAUUCGGGAUCAUCUUCACCAUCUCCCAGGGCCAGAUUAUUGACAACUAUGGAACCACGCCUGGGAACAUCUUCCUGUGUGUCUUCCUGACCCUUGGGGCAGUGCUCACUGCAUUCAUCAAGGCAGAUCUCCGGAGGCAGGAUGCAAACAAAGAAACUCCCGAGACUAAACCCCAGGAGGGGGAAGAGGAGGAGGACAGCAAGAGCAACAAAGCCCCCACCACUGUCCAGGAGGAGCAUUUCUGA